ACUUCACUACUCCUGAGCUCGAUCACCCCCGUAGCCUAGCCUAGCCUAGCCUAGCUAGCUAGCUAUAGCUAGCCAAUUGGAAGUGUACGCACGCAGCUAGGACUCAUGGAGGCGGUGGUGGCGAGGCUGGCCUCGGAGAGCGCGGUGGUGGUGUUCAGCGUGAGCUCGUGUGGCAUGUGCCACGCCGUGAAGCGGCUCCUCCGCGGGCUGGGCGCCAGCCCCGCGGUGCACGAGCUCGACGAGGACCCCCGCGGCAGGGAGAUUGAGCGCGCGCUCGCCGGCAUCGUCGCUGGUUACCGGAGCGGCGGCGGCCCCGCGCCCGUCGUGCCGGCCGUGUUCAUCGGCGGCGCCUACGUCGGGCCCAUGGAGGCGGUCAUGUCGCUCCACCUCGGCGGCCGGCUCGUGCCGAUGCUCCGUUCCGCCAGGGCGAUCUGGCUAUGAUAUGAUCGCCGACAUCGAAUCACUAUGGAUUAAUCUCUGCUUUCUGGAAUCUGGAUAUAUAGGGGUCGAUCAGCUAACACUACUUGUUCAUCAAUAUAAUUAAAUUAAUCGCCCCGACCAUAAUAAUCCUGAUUGCCCCUGAUAGAGCUGGAAUAUAUGUUUGCACCAAAUUAAUUAAACUGGUUCCGUGGCAGAUCAUAUCUCGUUAGAAUCAGCAGUAUGACAAAGAUUAGUAACUAGUAUUAGUUAUGUAUAAGUUUACAAUUAUCUAGUGGUUGCUAAUUAUAAGGCUACUUUAGAAGUUUAUAUAUUUUAUUUUACCGUUGUAAAUAUAUUUACCCUCGACUAUUUAUUACAAUCCAGCAAUAAAAUAAUGUGGCCCUAAAAAAACAAUAAAAUAAUGUGUUGGGUCUUUG